AUGUCGGUAGCUUUGAGCGCCUUUCCGGUCCUUCUGUCUCACGCACUUCCGCCACGUAAUUGCUGCAAGGCCGGUCCAGUGGCACUUGGUUCCUUGCUGGAGCUACUCUGUUUUCGGUUGGCUUCUGAUUUCUUUCUUUGCUUUGCUGCUUGUCAUUUCCUCGUUAAGGAAAUUCGGAAUGUGAUGGCUGUCGGUGAUCACGUAUCGUCUGAAUGUAAACGGAAAAUGAUAAGAAAGAGCAAAAAAGAAAGCAAAAAAUUUCGCCAAAUUGCAUAUAAUUCCCACAGAAAGGUUGAAGAUAUUAUCAUGAGAGAAAAAAAUCCCAUGGAUUGCCAGAAAGAAGACAUUCUUGAAAUGGUACAGACCAAGAAAAAGCGUACUAAAAAACGUAGAAAGAAAAGUGUGCAGCAGCUACGAAAAGAACUUAUACGAGGCAUUGAUAAGGAUGAUAUGGAAAUCUAUCGCUAUGAACGAAUUCUUGGUUACAGUAAGCGGAAAAGCAAAAAAAUGCCGAAAGUAUUCCGCAUCGAAGGGCUCGAUUAUCUCCUUGAGAUGUGUGAUUCGAAGCCAUUGCAACGUAGCAGUGAUGAUAGAGACAGUAGUCUUGACAUGUAUAACGGCGAAAUGUUGGGCGAUGAGGGAGAGGAAGAUGGCAGUGAAAAUAAGAAUGAAAAUAGUGCUUUGGCAAUUCAUAUUCCGAAAAAAACCUUUCCAACAUCUCCAAAAGUUCAAAGAGAUGGCUUUACUAAAAUGAGUGAGAGCAACAAGGGUGAAGAAAAUGUGGAUAUGGAAGAAGAUAUUUAUGGUCGCCUAAUUAAUAAGAAGACAGGAGAAUUUUUGCCUUCAAAAUUGUGUGCUAAAGAGAAGCUCAGUGAAUUAAAACAGAAAGCCGGCUUGCUAGAAACCGAAGAGCAUUUAAAAUUGAAAAAAUCUUUGAGAGGUCUGGUCAAUCGAUUAAACGAACGUACUUUGCUGAGUGCUGUGAAAGUAUUCUCCGAUAUAUUUGCCAGCAGAGGACAUAAUGAAGUGAAACAAUUGCUUUUUUCCGAAAUUACAAGAAGUAUCGACGUAAGUUAUCGCUUGCCGGAUCGACUCAUCAUUGAAUAUGCAGUAUUUAUUGCUCUUAUUCAUACAACGGUUUCUGCGGAAGUUUCGGCAUAUUUUGUCGAGAAUUUCAUUGUAAAACUUUUGGAAACAGUUGUCGCAUUGCCAGAAGGUAAAUCCCUUGAAAAUCUCUGUGUUUUACUCGCCGAGCUAUAUAAUUUCAAGGUUAUCAAAGUUAUCAUGAUUACCGAAAUUAUGCAACGUUUGCGUGAACAGGUCAACGAUAAAUGUCUUACUUGUUUCAAAGCUCUUUUAGGUUAUUGUGGCAACACUAUGAGGAGCAGGGAUUUGGAUGCGUUGCAAAAAUCCAUAACAGAAACGCAGUCAUUCUUCUCACAACUUCCAGAAACAUCUUGCAGAAUGCAACUUGUGUUAUUAACUGAAGUCUUCAUCUGUUCAAGACAUCAGCUGCGGUACAUCGUGGAUGAGAUCAAUGCAAUAAAGAAUGUGAAUGUUCGUAAAUUUACGGAUAUAAUAGAUUCUACAAUGCACUCUCAUUACGUUAAUAUUUUCCGUGGAUUAACGAAAAAGAUGGACAAAGAGAAAGAGCUGCUGAUGAGUGUGGAUGAUAUAAUGCACAUAAGCGAACGUGGACGUUGGUGGCUUGUUGGUUCAGCGUGGUCUCCAACUACAUCAGUGCCGCAAAACCGAACUAAUGACAAAUUUGUUGAACAAACCUUGAAAUUCAGUGCACCUUUACUGCAGCUUGCGAAAAAGACUAAAAUGAACACAGCAAUCAGACGUGACAUUUUUUGCACCAUCAUGUCUUCGACAGAUGAAGUGGAUGCAUUUGAAAGAUUAUUGAGACUUUCCUUCAAAGGACAACAAGAAAGGGAAAUAGUGCAUAUCUGUGUUCAUUGUGCGCUGCGAGAAGCUAUUUAUAAUGCAUUUUAUGCUGCUGUUAUCGAACGCUUAUGUUGUUACCAUAAACGUUUUAAGCUCACUACACAGUACGCAUUAUGGGACCGGAUCAAAGUUUUGUCACAGAUAAAUGAAUUGCAGCGUGAAAAUUUAGCGCUGCUUACCAUUGAUCUAUUGAUUAAACGAUCAGUUGGAAUCACUUUACUAAAGGUAAUUGAAUUUGGUUCAAUUGAUAAAAUAACAACUCAGUUUGUGCAAAACAUUUUAUCUGCCGUGCUGGUUCGAAGUACGCAGCAGACGCUGAUGGAUAUGUUUCAGAAUGUGACAUUCGUUGAAUUGAAUGGACUUCUUUGUUAUGAAAUGCAUAUUGAGAAGGGUAGAGAAUUGUUGCAGCGACAUAGUUAUUCGAAAGAAACUUUGGCUGUUGAAGUAAGGGAGGGGGAACUUCGACUUCACUGGUUGAGUUUCUCAUCUGGUCAGACAGUCGUUCAUACAUGGAAUGACCUCCACAGUAUGGUGAGGUGUAUUUUUCGUUCAUUGCUUACGGAUGAGGUAACCGGCAGAAGGAAAAGGAAAGAAUUGCAUGUUUGUGUGCAUGUGAGGUGUGAUGUCACUGUCAAUAUCAACGGUGCUGCUGCUGCUGCUGCCACUGCAUUGCUGAUGAUUGUUGUAAUGAAGAGUGAGGGUAGUCUUCAGCUUGGCUCAGUUCUGUCCAGCUCAGUCCAUCAGUUAUGGAGAUCCGUUUCGACUGGAGAUCAGCUGAUGUCAUGGCUUCAGAAGGGAGCUUCUCCGUCUCGUCAUCUAAAGGUCCAUGGUGGUGGUAGUGGUGGUGGUUUUCGAGGCGGGUGGCACCACUACUCACCACUACUGAUUGCAAUAAUCGGUGACAACUGUAACACACACACCGUAUCGAUGAUAUGUAUUCGGUAUGCAGCAGAACGUGGAGCGACAUUGGAAGCAGUCGUCGGGUCUUCGGGUGUUGCAACGAGACAUAGCUCCAAAGGCACCGAGUGCGACUAUUGCUUCGGCAACAGUCGAGAAGAACGGUUUCAAGACCCUCUAACCGGUCUUUAUUUUGAUCCAAAUGCAAAAGCGCUGCAAACGUCCGCUUUUGAUUUUUUUUUUGGGCAGGAAAUAUUGCAGCAAAUGAUAAGGAUAGCGGUGAAUGGACAAACAUUUCCAGACGUAAAAUUGAAGACAGCUUAUGGAGUGCAGCGCAGUGGAGUGCAGCGGCCAACCGAACCCACUGAGUCGAUCAAGCUCGAUCAGAGACAGAACGUCAUUUCACUGGUUAAAAUAUUUUUAAUCGAUUUGUUCAUCCAUUCAGCUCAUCGGCCUCUUCCUCCUCUUCGUUCACUUUCAGUAGAGAUGAGUUGUGUCAACUUUUCGCCAGCUGGCCAGUUAAAUCGGAUGUCAACUAUCCGAUGGCUGAGCAGUCUGUCGGGUCAGUUCACCGAUACAUUGUCAUUUAGCGCACUGAUUUCAUAUUUCAGUUUUUAUUUCUACAUCGACGUAUGGGGUGGUGGUGACUCAAAUCUUUUUUCUUCAUUAUCUCCCAUUCCACCAGGAUUUCGCAAAAAUUCUCGAAUCAGCACCUACAAUCGACUUCUUUCACAGCCUCUUAAAUGCUUUCAUACUGUGCAAACUGAUAGUCCUUCGCGUAAGGCCCCGUCCUUCCUUUUUUGGUUGUUGAAGAAAUCAGAGUUGAAAUUUUUUUCGGAAAAUGAAGUGACAACUGCAACUUCGCAAGUACUACCCUUAUUUGGAGUAAAAAAUCGUUUUCUGAACAUUGCCCCAUAA